AAAAUAUACUGUGAAUUAUUAGCAGGAAUCACCAACAAAUCAUACCAUGUCCUUUGAAUAUACAAGCUUGUGAUUAACCAAGAAUAUAGACACUGGGAAAUAGAAAACUCUUUCUGCCCCAUUGCUUUUUCCACUGUGAAUUCAUAUAGUUCUGCAUAGCCUGAACGACACUGAAGCAUGAAGUGGGUAACAUUCACUUGCCUUCUCCUGUUAAGCCUUGCUGAAUCAGACCCUUUAACUGAAAAAGCAGAAACAGUGUCCCUGUAUGACACUACAUUCUCCUCAUUUCAGGAGCUUACAGAAAUCGUUGGACUCUUUUAUUCCCAGACCAUACAGAAGGCCACAUAUGAAGAGCUAACAAAAAUCACACAUGGAGUCACAGAGCUUGCAAAGAAAUGUACUGUUGAUAAAGAAGCAGAUUCAGAAUGUGCGAAGCCUUUGGAAACACUUCUCUUUGAUCAGUGUUGUCGUGAAGAAGGGCUCGCUGAGAAAUACGGGUUUACAGAGUGCUGUGAUAAAGCCAAUGUGGAAAGAAAGGAAUGUUUCCUAUCCCUUAAAAAUACUAGCCAAAAUUUCCUUCCACCUUUUGAAGAGCCACCUGUAGAACAGCGCUGCAAAGCCCUUCAUGAAGAUGCAGCUGCGACUCUUGGCCUUUACAUCUAUGAAGUCGGCAGAAGAUUCCCGGUCUCCCGUAUAUCCAUGCUCCUUGAUUUUAUCCAUAUAUAUGAGAAAGUGAUGACAAACUGCUGCCAGAAAGAUGACGGGAAUGUGUGCUUCGAUGAAAAGACACCACCAGUUGCACAGAGUUUCACAGAAGUAUAUCAAGAGGAGAAGCAUAUUUGUUCUAUCCUAGAGAGCUUUGGAAAAAGAGGCAUCCAUGCUUUAAAAUUUGCUGAAUUGAGCCAGCAGUUCCCCAAAGCCAAUGUUGCUACUAUUGACAAGCUUGCUAUGGACAUUACACAGGCCCAAGAACACUGCUGCAAAGGUCACACCCUUGAAUGCUAUCUUCAGGAGGUCAACUUGACAACCUAUGUUUGUAGCCACCAAGCUGAUAUAUCUUCCAAAAUUAAGGCUUGCUGUGGAAAGUCCAUGCUUGAGCAAGCUACAUGUUUUCCAGCUGUGGAAAAUGAUGACAAGCCUGCCAAUCUAUCUCCAACCCUCAGGGAAUUUAUGGACAAUGAACAGUUAUGUCCACGCUAUGCUGAAGAUCGAAACCCUCUUCUGGCAGAAUUUGUCUAUGAGUAUGGAAGGCGACAUAGUGAGUAUUCUCCACAAAUGCUUUUGAGACUUGGUGAAGAAUAUGAAGAUUGGCUGGAGAAGUGCUGCAAAGCUGAGAAUCGGCAAGAGUGUCUAGUUCAAGCGGAAGAACAUCUUAAAAAGUAUAUAGCAGACACCUACAAUGUGACAAAGGAAAGUUGUGAUCUCUAUAAGCGCCUAGGAGAUGAUGCCUUCCAAAAUUACUUCAUUCUGCAAUACCUUCCAAAAUUACCCCAGAUAAGCUUUGAGGAAAUGUCCCGAUUGGCAAAGACCGUCUCAGCUGCCACUGCAAAAUGCUGCAAGAUGGAUGAUGCCCACCUACUAAUAUGUGCAGAGGAAUAUGGAGAUCUAGUUAUUGGAAUGAUAUGUCAACAGCACAAAGGACACCCCAUAAACAAACAAGUUGAAAAAUGCUGUGAAGAUUCCUACGUUUACCGUAUUCCAUGCUUUGAUGGUUUAGGAGUAGAUCCAGAAUACGUUCCUCUGCCAUACGAUCCAAAAUUGUUCACUUUGCAUGGAGAUUUCUGCUCAGCUAAACCUGAAGAUCAACAAAAACAGAAGCAAAGGUUCUUGUAUAACCUAGUUAAACAGAAGCCCACCAUCACAUAUGGACAACUUACACCUGCAAUUAUGGAUCUCACUGAUGUGCUGACAAAAUGUUGUGGAGCUGAUAACCAUGAGGAAUGCUUUACAAUGGAGGGUCCAAAACUGAUUGAACGGACUCAAGCUGCUCUUGGAGAUAACUAACCAUCUCAGGCAAGAACACUGGAAACAAAGUCCUGAUCAGCCCGAUCAUCCUUGGCUGCUCAUUCUUCUUACAUGUUAGCUAUCCCUAAGUGGAAGAAGAGAAGUAUUUGACUCAUGUUUAAUGUUAAUUGGAGCCUUUAAGCUAAAUCAGAGUCCAAGAAUUCAGUUAAUUCAUUCUAAAUGACUUGAUUUGUGUUCAUCUAAAUUUAGGAGGGAGCAACUGUUUGUCUUCACUUUCUCAAUUUUCCAGAGUUCCAUCCCGUUUUGACACCAGUCUUUGAAUAUCCUUUGUUUAAAACAUGAAAAUUCAUCAGGAAAUAUGUACACUUCAUGUUUCAUUUCUCCUCUUUUACAGGAAGAGGAACGGAUUAUGUACAUAAGAAAUUCUGGGAGUGUUGGACCAAAAAUUAUACAUUUUUCAAAUUCUGA